UUGCAGGCGACGAGUACAUCGGAGACGACAGCUCCCUUGCCUAUGUGCGAUUCCUCUUCUCGGCGGCCUUUGCUGGCACAGCCGUCACCGUCAUGUCGGGAUCGGUGGCCGACCGGGUGCCCUACCUUCUCUAUGGCAUAUACGCCGUCUGGACAUGUGCCUUCACUUACCCUGUGUUGGCGCACUGGGCGUGGUCGGACGACGGCUGGAUGUCGCAGGCCGUCGGUGGAAUCGGCAACUGCGGCGUGCUGGACUUUGCGGGGUCCGGUGUCGUGCAUUGUUUUGCCGGAACGGCCACGUUAAUGUGGGCGUAUCUUCUACCAGACAGAGCAGGGCGCUUCGUUGGAAAGGCCACUGGUAGGGUGAACUCUGUCAACUUCGGCUAUGGCUUUGCUCUCCAGGAUCGGACGCAGCAGGCCCUUGGCAUGUUUCUCUUGUGGCUGGGGUGGUAA